UCCCGGCGGACGGGGCGACCCGGGCCGGGAGGGGUGAGCUCCGGCGGCCCGGAAGGCAGCCCCCGCCCCGUCCGAGGCUCCGAUCUCGCUGGCGGGCCGGCGGCUUAGACGUCUGGGCGGCCCCGGGAGGGGCGGCCCCUCUGGGCGCUGGGUCCGGGGCCCGGGGCCCCGGGGAGCGCGCGGGGUGGCGGGGCGGGGUGCGAGCGAGGGCCGCUCCUCCAGCCCCUUCCGCCGCGCCUCCUUUCUGCUCUCCCGCUCCCUCUUCCCGUCCCGGCCGGGGGAGGCGCCGGGCUUGGCCUCUCACCCCCUCCGUGUCAGAGCCAUGAGCUAGCCGCCCAUGCCGCUUCCUGCCCUCCCGCGCCCUCCCCGUCCGACCCCGCGUCCCCUCCCCGGACCUGGAGGGAGGCCGCGGCCCGCGGGGCGGCUGCCCGGUUCCGACCCCACCCGGACCCCGGGGCGGCCCGCGGAGCCCGGAGCCGAGCCGGGCGCGCCCCGAGAGCCGAGGCCUGCGGGCCGCACUCCCCGAGCCCCGGGCCGGAGCCCGCGCGCCCUGCUCCCCGCCGCGGACCCGGGAGGGAGAGGGGGCGAGAGGAGGGCCUGGUCUCCCCGGGGAUGGAGGGGAUGGAGGCGGCGCCCAGACCUGCCGGCGGCAGCCUUCAAGAACCCCAAAGAGGGAGCAGAACGGCCAGCUCCAUGGAGGUGACCUCAGCUGUGGAGAGAAGCGGCCCUGAGCCACAGCCGGAGAAUGGACACCUCCCAAGACCCUGGCCCUGCCCUGGAGAAGAUGGAACACCCAGCCCAAUGGCCCCCCGGCCUCCCGGGGCACGGGGGAUACAGCUCCAGGGCCCCUCCGUGCUGGAGUCCAAGGUGAGGGCCUUGAAGGAGAAGAUGACAGCAGGCAAACAGGGGGCAGGCCCCGGCCUCCCUUCCCACGAGCGGCCGGCCCUCAAGAAACCCAAGAGCAGACGAGUCAAGGUGGUUGGGACCAAGCCUCCGUCAGAGGGGCCUUCCCCACCCGAGGCUAUGGUGGUCCAUCACAUGCAGAACCCGAACGACAGGCGGCUGGACCGCAGCUUCACUGAGGAGGAGCCCGCCAGGAACGGGGACACAGGGCCGCCUAGGUCUCCUGCCCCCGUACUCGAGUGCUGGAACAGAAGGAGCCCGUGGCCUCCAGAGGGUGUUCAAACACGGCCUGAGCAUGACAGAGCUCUGCCGCCCGGGCCCAGCUCUCUGCAAGAGGGCCCCAUCCACAGGAUCACUCCAGGCCGGCCAAGGGGCUCUGGUCCUUGUAACAAAACCACCCACGAGCUCACCCUGCGGAAAGGAAGGUCACACCCCCGGCAGGAUGGUCUUGUCGCCCCGGGAGACCCGGACAGCUUGUCUCCGACCUCCGAGGAGGACUUUGUCCCCAGACCAGCCCUGCUGGGGGAUCUCUGGAAAACCGGGGACCUGGGGGUCCUGGGCACCGGUGGCAGCACCUUGUCCCUGUCUGACCGUGUGGAGAGGAACCGCCUUCUGCUGCAGGAGAUGCUAAGUGUUGCGGGGCAGGGCCCCUCCAAGGUGGGAGUCCCAGGCUGGACUUCAUGCUGGGAUAGAGCUGUGCCAGAGCGACUAGCCGGGGACGUGGACUGGGACUCCGGCAUCUCCCUUCAGGACUCGGACCAGAACAGGACCUUCGGUCCCAAGCCGGAGCCCGUGCUGAGCCCCAGGCAUGAAGAAGCCAAGCAUCUGCUGCAGAGAGCCCGCAUGAAGGCCAGGACCCGGCCCGUCCGUGCCAGCCAUGACAUCGUGCCCACCCUUGCCCUGUGCAGCCGAGAUGGGCGGAAAAGCCCAGCCCUGGACCCGAGGAUCACCUUCGCCUGCCGAGACAACCUCCAGAACGGGAACACGAGCGACUCCUCCAGCGGGGAGUCCAGCAGCGGGCAGUGGCCGAAGCGGGGCGCCUCCCCGUCCCACGUCCGCUUUGAGGAUGAGUCCGCCCGGGACGCCGAGUCGCGCUACCUGGAGCGGCUGCAGCAACGUCAGCGCCAGGUGCUCAGCACGGCGGACCAGGGCCCCCUGCGCUCCAAGCCCGACCUCGCCGACUACAUCCAGGGGGGCUGCCGGCGCCGGGACGCGGGCGCGGGCGCUCUGCACUCGUUGCUGGGUGGGCUGCAGCCCGGGGGCCUCUUGGCGCUGCCGCCCCCUCGGGGCAGCGAGAGGAGGUGCCGAGCCUGUGGCCACUGCAUCACCCCCGACCCGAGGAUCCUCCGGGAGCGCGAACCCGCCUGCGGGAGGGAGGGGGCGUCGGCGCAGCCCCUCAGCUCUGCGGGCCUGAGCGCCCCGUUCCGGCUCCUCACCGCCGCCAAGCCCCGGCUCCACACCGAGUGGAUCCGGGAGACGCACAUCGGGGACCAGGCGCUUCCCGAGGAGGCGGACUCAGCCCUGGACAGCACCGACACCUCCGACGGCUGCCGGACCGACAGUGAGGAGGCCGGGACCUCUCAGCCCAGCAGGGCCCGCCUACGCGCCCCCAGGCCUCGGGGAGGCCACAGGUGGUUGCGCAAGGCUGAGAUGGAGCCGCCCCGGAGCCCUCAGGCUUCGCACGAUCUGCCUGGGCUGGAGCUCCUGGAGGUGUCAGAUGAGGUGACAGAAGGCGCGGGCCAGACGAUGGAAGGGACUCUGCUCCCCAGAGAAGAUGCUUUCUCUAAGCCUCCUGUCCAGGACUUGAAGAGAGGUUUCCCUGGGUCCCCGUGGCAGCCUGGACCAGGGCUGGAAAAUCACGGGGCUCACCCUGGGGAUUUUCAGACAGCCUACGCCAUGGCCUCUCCCAUGAAGCUGGGGUCCUCGGGGCCAGGCAAACAAGGCCCGGUUAUAGAAAGCCACGAGUCUCUGGGAACCGACUGCCCUCAACAGAGCCAGGCAGAGCCCUCUGCCCCCCAUCAGGCCCUACAGCCGACUGCUUCCCUCUGCCCCGACGGCUGGGUGCCGACCCCUCCCUCUUCAAAGAAAACCGCCUCACCCGUGUCUCACAGGAAGGCAGCCCUGGCUGGGCUUCGCAGGCUGGGCAACCAGGGAGAGCCCGUGGACAGCCCCCUGCCUGCUUCCGGAAGCGCAGCUCCCAGGACCCGUGAGCUCACCCCGCCACAGCCCCAGCCCCACAGCCCCCACCGCAGGCACCCUCUGCGGGCCCUGUCCACCAACAACUGCAACAGCAGCGUGCCCCAGGGGCUGCAGAAGCCCUGCGGAGGAGCCAUCCUCCUGGGGGAGACGGGUGCCCGAAGCCAGGAGCCCGCAGCACCGCUGGAGGACUGCAGAGAUGGAGGACUCCAGGGCUGUCUUGCCUCAGCAACUGUUGGCACCAUCAGCUCUGUGGGCAUCACCUUCUCCCCGGCCUCAGAGGAGCCCGAGUCCAGCCAGGAAGCAGAGAGAGGCCUGCGGAGGACAGAGCCGAGUUCUGUAGGGCACGUGUCAUCCCGUGCUUCGUCGGGGGUCAGUGCGGGCCCCAGCCCGCCCUCCACCGCCGCUUCUGACAAGAGCAAGAAAAGCAGCGGAGGCAUCGCCUCUGCUCUGGGGCUGAAGAAGUUCUUCUCAGCGCUGAGUCAGGGCACGCGGCCCAAGAUGGCCAAGUCCCGCAGCUACAGCGUGGAGCAGCUGCAGCCCCCGGCACCCGACCCGGCUUCACACACUGGCACCCCCAAAGUGAAGAGAGCCCCGUCCUUACAAUCCCUGCAUCUGGUGUCACCCUCUUGCCAACAUCGGAAAGCCACCUCCUUUCAGAACCUCCAUUCUCUGCUGAGUGGCAAGGUGGACCGCUCCAACCUCUACCUGGUAGGGGAGCCAGGGGAUCACAGUGCUGCUGACAGGCCGGGCAAGGCGCCAGCCCGGCGCGCCCUCAGCGUGGAGGACGUGAGUGCCCCCGGCCCGGCGCGCGCCGUGGGCCGCCUGCUGGAGGUGUUCCCCGACGGCACGAGCCAGCUGCAGCUACAGCGCCCCCCGGAGGGCACUUUCGGCUUCAACGUGGCCUCCGGGAAUGGACGCCGGGACUCAGGGUUCUACGUGCAGGAGAUGGCUGACGAGAGCACAGCCAAGCUCUACUCGGGGCUGCUGGGGGUGGGGGAUGAGAUCCUUGAGGUGAACGGGGCCAAGGUUGCAGGGCUGGGCUUGGCUCACGUGAGGGAGCUCCUGGCCCAUGCGGAGAGCUUGUCAAUCCGGGUGCUGAGGCAGAGGCCUGUCCCACGGUGACGCCGAGGGGCCUUGGCCCUCACUGUCACCCCCCACCCCGUUGGAAACCCCGAACCGCCCCCGGGGGUGGCUGGGAAUGUGCUUCACAAAGCUGCUUUGUCUACUGAAAAUGAACGUGGUGGCUUGCAGCCCCCUGGGCCAGGUCGGGCUUCUGUGACUGACCAUCCUUGCAGAGGGAAGGAGCCUGCUUGUGUUUUGCUUAAGGAUGUUAAUUUAUGCAGAAGCAGGGAAGGGAAUGGGUCUCCGGCCCUGACCAGGCCUGAGGUGGGGUCACCGUCUUCUGGCACCUUUGUUGGCAGCAGGAGGAGAGAGAUUCAGUGGGUCCUUUGGUUGGUCCCUAAGCAUCAUCGCCUUACCCCCAGGUCCCAUCCCACACAGUCGGGGGCUCCCCCAGCUCCUCUCACUCCAGAGCCAAAGAAAGUACUUGGCCAUAUUGGCCUUGAGCCUGCUUUUUUCAGUCUCAUUUCUCCCAGCUCCCAUCUGACGCCUUUGCUCUUUUUCCAAAAAUGGACCAAGUGUCCAGGAGUCACAGCCUUAUAGCCGUGGACCAUAUAUCCCAAACCAAAAAUUGGCAACAUGUGUCUGGUGUGAGAACAUCUGAGAGAUGUUAUCUGGUAGUCAGAAUAUUAAGGAUUUCUGGGAAAUCUUUUUGAUAUAUGAGGUUGAAGGAACAAAAUGAAAUCGAGACCAACUUUAGGGAAGUGCAGCUGUGGCCAGUGGGACUGGCCAGACCAGCCCUGCCCCACACCGCCCUGACCUCUGCUCCCACCCAGAGUGAGGCUGGUGCCAGGCUGUCCUCAGCCACAAGCUCUCAGCCCAGACUCCCUGGGGGCAGCUGUGGGUGGGUCGCUGGCAGGGAGACAGCAGGGCACUCGGGCAGGGGGAGGGGCCAUCCCGCCUGGCACUUCCACUGCCCAAAGUGUUGGGACUCUCUGGAAGUAGUCUUAAAUUAUUAAAAAGCAAAGCUGAAAUGUC